UCACAUUCAAACUCCCCUCUCACUCAUCCUCCUCAUCCCUUUCUUCUCCUUCACCUUCCUUUCAUUAUCAUCCAAGCAUGCCACCAAGUAGACAGAGACGCAUUGCUGGAUUUCAAACGCUCAAUCACUUUCGACCCUAUACAUCUCUUAAAAACGUGGACAAACUCCACCAAUUGCUGCGCUACCUGGGAUGGCGUCGCCUGCGACCCCUCCUCUGGCCGAGUCGUCAAUGUCUCCCUACCAGCUCUCUCUGACAAGGUUCACUUCAUGAACGGAACUCUCUCUCCUUCUCUCGGCAACCUCUCUUUCCUCCAGCUUCUAGACAUCAGCCAUCUCAAGCAACUCUCCGGCCCAAUCCCUCCUGAGCUCGGAAAACUUUCACGCCUCUCUUACCUUUACCUCUGUAACAACGGUCUCUCUGGUGAGAUUCCGGCGUCUCUCCGGCGACUCACCCGGUUGAAGGAACUUCAUUUGCAUUUGAACUUUUUAUCUGGCUCUGUUCCUUCGACUCUGUUCCAUUCUAUGCCUCUGCUUUAUGACCUGGGUCUUUCGUAUAAUAAUCUUUCUGGCGUGAUUCCUUCUUCGAUUGGAAAAUUGAUUUCUCUAACCAGUCUUGACCUACGAUCAAACAGGAGCAUUGGCAAGCUCAAGAACCUCCGAUUCCUUUAUUUUUCUGAAAAUCAAUUUGGUGGAAGCAUCCCUUCGUCCAUAUUCGGUCUUGCUUCGCUGGAAGAUCUUGAUUUAAGAAAUAACAACCUCACCGGAAAAUUACCAUCGUCCAUCGGAAAGCUCACCAAUAUCCGGACGCUAUUUUUUGAUAACAACAUGCUCACUGGAGAGCUCCCUACGACCAUCGGAGAUCUCGCCAAUCUUCAGGGUUUAUGCCUGUCGGGGAACCAAUUCUCCGGUGAAAUUCCAAUUCGGCUUGCCAAGUUGCACGAUUUAGAAUACUUGGACCUGUCAAGCAAUGAAUUGACUGGGAAAUUGCCUCCGUGGAUCGGAAACAUGACAAGACUUGACUAUCUAAACCUCUCCUACAACUGCUUUCAUUCGUCAAUCCCACAUGAAUUCAAGAACUUGUCAGGGCUAGGUGUCCUUGAUCUCCAUUCAAAUGAGCUCUCGGGACCUAUAAACACGAUUUUUGACAAAAAAAUUAACGACUUUGGGCGGAAUUUUGAAACCAUCGACCUCUCCGACAAUAAAUUUUCUGGUCCCAUAGAUGAAAAUAUCGGUGAGAAACCAGCCAUGGCCUAUAUUAUAUCUUUGAUUUUGUCGAACAACCCGUUGGGAGGAAUGAUACCGAGGUCACUUGGGAACUUAAGUUACUUGCAGGAUUUAAAAAUGGCGGGGUGUGGACUUUCCGGCCUGUUCGAACGU